AUUAGGUAAUACGGGACGUUAGAGCUAAACUAAUAUACGGGGUUUGCUAGUUAACUUGUCGUAUCAUGGACGAAGUUGAGAAGCUCGAGCACCUUUCGCUAGUCUCUAAAGUCUGUACAGAGUUGGAAAAUCAUCUUGGUAUGGGUGACAAGGUCCUUGCUGAGUUCAUCAUUGAUCUAGCGGUCAAGAGCAAAACAGAAGUGAAAUUCAGGGCUGUACUGAAAGACAACGGGGCUGAGGUUCCUGAUUUCUUUGCUGCCAAUCUUCUACGUCUCAUUCAGAAAAUGAAACCUACCGCUUUUACGGAGAAACCAAUAGGAGAUGGGACAUCCGGGAAUGUAGAACCAGAGGAACCUUUUGAUUUGAAGAGAAAAGCGUUUCCUGGCUUGUGUAUUCCGAACGAUAAAGAGGUAGCGAGUCUAGAGAUUUACUCAGAAACCAAGAACAAGGAAGUCAAUGAAGAGACAUCUCACGUCACUGAAGAUGAACGGAGUCGAGGGCGGAAGAGUGAGAUGUCAAAGAGUCCAGAGAGAAGAAGGAAGAGAUCAAGAUCUAGGUCGAGAAGCAGGGAAAGGCACAGAAGGAGAUCACGAUCACACAGCGAUGAGAGAAGACAUGGUCGUAGAAAACACAGAGAUAGAGAUAGGAGACGGUCACAUUCAAGAGACAGAAACAGGGAGAAGAGAAAAAGUCAGAUAGACCGAGACAGAGAACAGUAUCUUAGCGGCAAAUCUAGUGCAGACGAACCACAGGUUGCCAACAUUUACACAGGCAAAGUUUCAAGCAUUAUGCAAUUUGGCUGUUUUGUACAACUCGAGGGUAUGAGAGGAAGACAUGAUGGUCUCGUGCACGUAUCUCAGCUUCGACGUGAAGGACGUGUGGCAAAUGUUGCUGAUGUGGUGAAACGUGGACAGAGGGUGAACGUGAAAGUGUUGUCAAUAACUGGAAAUAAAAUGAGUUUAUCCAUGAGAGAAGUGGACCAAGAGACUGGAGAGGAUCUCAAUCCUGCAGGUACUGAUCGGCUGCGAGCAAAGAUGGGUGGAGAAGUGGAGAACAAGCAGAGGGAGGCAGUCACACGAAAUCCUGACAGACCGACAAACAUACCAUCUAUGGCAGGAAGCAUUGCAGAAGAUCCUGCACCGAAGAAAUCAAGUCGACGUAUGACAUCACCUGAAAAGUGGGAGAUGAAACAGCUGAUAUCUGCAGGUGUGAUUGAGAAGUCGGAAUAUCCCGACUUUGAUGAAGACACGGGUGUUAUGCCUAAGAUUGAUGCCGGGUCUGAUGAGGAAAUAGAAAUAGAAAUUGUUGAAGAUGAACCGUCAUUUCUUUCUGGUCAGACAAGGCUCACUGUUAACAUGAGUCCUGUGAAGAUUGUCAGGAAUCCAGAUGGCUCGUUGCAGCGUGCUGCAAUUACACAAAGUGCCUUGGCUAAGGAAAGACGUGAGCUACGUCAGGCUAAACGAGAAACAGAUAUGGACACUAUUCCAAAAGGUGUUGGAAAGUUCUAUGACGACCCAAUGCCGGAAGGUGGCCAACGCUAUUUGGCACAUGAUUUCAGAGGCAUCGGGUUAAAUCCGAUGGAUAUGCCUGAGUGGAAGAAGGCAUCGUUUGGUGGUAAUAAAGCAUCGUAUGGCAGGAAAACAAAGCUUUCUAUUGUACAGCAACGGGAAGGCUUACCGAUAUUUAAGUUGAAACGUCAGUUGGUUGGGGCAAUCACUGAAAACCAAUUGCUGAUUGUGAUAGGCGAAACUGGCAGUGGCAAGACUACACAAAUGACACAAUACAUGGCUGAAGUUGGACUGACAGUUCGAGGCAAGAUUGCCUGCACACAGCCUCGUCGAGUGGCUGCCAUGUCGAUUGCCAAGCGUGUUUCUGAAGAGUUUGGAUGUCGUCUUGGUCAGGAAGUUGGAUACACAAUACGUUUUGAGGACUGCACCAGUCCUGAGACGGUCAUCAAGUACAUGACAGACGGCAUGCUACUGAGAGAGUGUCUAAUUGACCCCGAUAUGAGCCAAUAUGCAGUUGUCAUGCUGGAUGAAGCACACGAACGGACUAUCCACACAGACGUCCUCUUUGGUCUAAUGAAGGAAGUUGUGAAGCGGCGUCCCGAUAUGAAGCUGAUUGUCACGUCUGCCACUAUGGAUGCUGUCAAGUUUUCCACAUACUUCUUUGAAGCACCCAUCUUCACUAUUCCGGGUCGUAUGUUCCCAGUGGAAAUUCUCUACACAAAGGAGCCCGAGACUGACUACCUUGAUGCUGGCCUUAUCACAGUGAUGCAAAUUCAUUUGACCGAGCCACCCGGAGACAUCCUCGUCUUCCUUACUGGUCAAGAAGAGAUUGACACGGCUUGUGAGAUUUUGUACGAACGGAUGAAGUCACUUGGUCCAGAUGUUCCUGAGCUAAUCAUACUUCCAGUCUACAGUGCCCUUCCAAGUGAGAUGCAGACACGCAUCUUUGAACCUGCUCCUCCGGGCAGCCGAAAGGUUGUGAUAGCAACAAAUAUUGCUGAGACAUCCCUGACCAUUGAUGGCAUUCACUACGUUGUUGAUCCGGGCUUUGUCAAGCAGAAGGUCUACAACUCAAAGAGUGGUCUCGAUGCCCUUGUUAUUACACCCAUUUCUCAGGCACAAGCAAAGCAGCGUGCAGGUCGAGCAGGAAGAACGGGACCUGGCAAAUGUUACCGCCUCUACACAGAGAGAGCAUAUCGAGAUGAGAUGCUUCCCUCGGCCGUUCCAGAAAUUCAACGAACAAAUCUAGCAAGUACUCUUCUCAGUCUCAAAGCAAUGGGCAUCAAUGACCUUCUGUCGUUUGAUUUUAUGGAUCCUCCACCUAUGGAGACUAUGGUGAUGGCUCUCGAGCAGUUGCAUUCGCUCAGUGCUCUGGAUGCUGAAGGCCUCCUGACACGUUUAGGCCGACGGAUGGCCGAAUUCCCACUUGAGCCACCGUUAUCCAAAGUUCUUAUCCAGUCGGUUCACUUGGGAUGUAGUGAGGAAAUAUUGACAGUCGUAUCCAUGUUGUCAGUCCAGAAUGUUUUCUACCGCCCUAAGGAUAAGCAAUCAUUAGCAGAUCAACGCAAAGCCAAGUUCCAUCAACCUGAGGGUGACCACCUGACUUUGCUUGCUGUUUAUAAUUCAUGGAAGAAUAACAAGUUCUCUAAUGCUUGGUGCUAUGAGAAUUUUGUCCAAGCCCGCACUCUACGUCGUUCCCAAGAUGUCAGAAAGCAGAUGGUGGGCAUCAUGGAUCGACACAAGCUUGAUAUUGUCUCAUGUGGCAAGAACACAUCUCGUGUUCAGAUGGCGAUAACCAGUGGCUUCUUUCGAAAUGCUGCCAGGAAGGACCCCCAAGAAGGCUACAAGACCCUAGUGGACAACCAAACUGUGUAUGUCCAUCCCUCCAGUGCUUUGUUCAACCGACAACCAGAUUGGGUGAUAUACCACGAAUUGGUAUUGACCACAAAGGAGUACAUGAGAGAGGUGGUUGCUGUCGAUCCCAAGUGGCUGGUAGAGUUUGCACCAGCCUUCUUCAAGUUUGCAGACCAGAACAAGCUCAGCAAACGAAAGCGCAACGAACGUCUUGAACCGCUCUACAACAAGUACGAGGAACCCAACUCCUGGAGAAUAUCGAGACAAAAACGACGGCAUUGAGACUAUGUAUUCUAUCAAGCAUGCUUUGGAAUAGUUUCAAUGCGUUAUGGAAUUAUUUCAAGUAUAUUUUGGAAUUAUUUCAGUACAAUUUAGCAUAGAGUGAUUGUCUUGAAAGGCUGUCUGUUAGCAAUGUUCUCUAUGUCAAUAGAUAUUCCUGUUGCUAACGUGUCUGUGCUGCUGCUGAGUCUCUUCCGGUUCAUUGUUGUGGGUGCUAAACCGCUUGUAAGUAAAAUAAGGUUCUAAUUGAAGGCUGCACUGGGAGAUGAAGGAGGUUGUG